AAGCCAAAUUUGGCAACACUGUCUUGUUAUUUUACGACUGCGAAACAACACAAAACUAAAAUAAUGUCGAACAAAAUCCCCGUCAACCUGCCCGAGGAGGAGCUGGAUUGGAUACAGCUGCGCCAGGACCUGGGACCGGUUGUGGAGGUGGAGACCACCAAGGAGAAGCUGCAGCGCAAGAUCAAGGAGAACCCUCUUGUUCCGCUGGGAUGCUUAGCCACCACCGCCGCCCUCACCAUGGGUCUAUACAACUUCCGGACGGGUAAUCGCAAGAUGUCACAGCUGAUGAUGCGCACCAGGAUCGCGGCCCAGGGCUUCACCGUCAUGGCCCUGAUAGUCGGCGUUGUGAUGACAUACACCGACAAGAAGUAACAGAAGUGACACCUGAAAUUGACCCAAAAUGUGAUAUUGCUUGGGGUUAACUUUAAAUGAUUUGCCCAACAACGGUAGUGUACAUAAUAAAACUAAUGUUAAUAUGGAUGCCUCAGCGCUAAGGCCAAUGAAUUUUACAUGUUAGAUAAAUGAAUAAAAAAACGUAAACGUUUCCUAAUAAAUUAUAUACAUAAAACACUAGGUUUAUGUUGGUGUUUUGAAUGAAUUCUGGCUGAUUUAUGUACUUCAUAGUUAUUGUUUUAUUGAAGGAAAUAGUAAAUAUAGUUAUUGUAAAUAUUUGUAUAUCGAAAAGGGGAUUCUGGAUUCCUAUGUAUGACUAUAUCAUAUACCUAUCAUAGAAAAGUUGAAAAAAUUAAAUGGAUUAUAAA